AUGUUCCAACCCUGUCGCAGAGUCAAUGCCGCCCUCACCGCUAGUCUCCUCGUGCUCCAGGGGGCUCUGUCUGCCACCACAUCGGGCGAAUUCAACAUCCUUGCGAUGAACGUCGCCGGCCUGCCAGAGAUCCUGAACGGCAACGAAGUCCCCGGCGACAAGACCACCAACGCCGGGAUCAUUGGGUCCAGGUUCGCCGAGUACGACUACGACGUCAUCCACGUUCAGGAGGACUUCAACUACCAUGCGUAUAUCUACGCGACGGACGACCAUCCGUACCGCACCGCAACGUCGGGCGGUGUCCCUAUCGGGUCCGGCUUAAACACGCUCUCCAAUUUCGACUGGGUCUCCUUUGACCGCGUCAAGUGGGACACGUGCUCAGACGCGUCUGAGAACGAUUGCCUCACGCCGAAAGGGUACACGUUCAUGCGGGUCGCCAUCGCGACCUCGAACUCGACCUCGACCUACAUCGACAUGUACAACCUGCACACCGACGCGGGCACCGAGGACGGGGACGAGGUCGCGCGGAACAGCAACGUGAACCAAGUCGCGGCGCGCAUCGCGGCGUCGAGCACCGGCAACGCGGUGCUCGUCUUCGGGGACACCAACAGCCGGUACACCCGCGUCGCGGACACGGCGAUCCGCGCGCUGCUCGCGAGCGAGAACGCGGCCGGCCCGGGCCUGACCGACGCGUGGGUCGAGCUCGAGCGGGGCGGGGUGGUCCCGACCGUCGAGACCGUGUGCGACAACCCGUCGACGACGAACGCGUGCGAGACGGUCGACAAGGUGUUCUACCGCGGGAGCGCGCUCGUGGAGCUCUCCGCCGCCGGCUGGACGUACGCGAGCGCCCGCUUCCUGCAGAGCAACGGGAGCGUGCUCUCGGACCACAACCCGGUGAACGUGGACUUCGCCUGGGCGGCGGGCGGCGCGCUGCGCCAGUCCGCCUUCUGGGGCGGCCCGCACGGGGACUGGUUCAGCGACGUGCCGACGCUCGCGGGCCUGCGCGCGAAGCCGAAGCCGACGCUGCUCUCCUUCCGGGGCGCGAGCCGGCUCGACGCCGUCGGCCUCACGCUCGCGGACGGGACGGUGUUCGCGCACGGGGGGACGGGCGGGGACGCGGCGAGCCUCGCGCUCGGCGCGGGCGAGGUCUGGCUCGGGGCGGAGCUCUGCCAGGGCGAGAAGAGCGGGCAGACGCGCAACUUUUGGAUCCGGGCGACGACGAACGUGGGCCGGACGCUCGAGGCGGGCACGCGGACGGACGACUGCACGAGCUUCGCGGCCCCGAGCGGCUGGCAGAUCGUCGGCUUCCUCGGCCAGGACGGGGACGAGAUGGACCAGCUUGCGUUCGUGUACGCACCGCAGUGA